AUGGAAGGCCUUCUUCACAGUAACAGCGGCAAUUCGAAGAUCCCUCGAUUCAAUGGCGGCCUGAACGGCGGGGUUCUGAUGCCGAUGCAGAUGGACAACCAGUCGCUAUUCGGAAAGGGCCGCCACUCCUACAUCCACCACCACCAGCAGUCCAAGAGCCCAACCCUAGCGGGUUCCUACAACGAGAACCUCGAUCUCGGAGACUCACCGCUCGUUCGGUAUUUCCGCACCGGGUCUCCAGAUUCAUAUAAGCGCCCGCCGCUCUUGUCGGUGGAGAACUUGGAGAUGGCGAGGUCACCAAGCAUUUUCUCCACGCCGGUGAAAGUGGAGGAGGAGGUGCUGGUCAUGGAUGGAAUUUUGGUCGCCUCGUUACCUCCGGGUGGAAGGUACGCGAGGUCGGCGACGGAUUCCGGGGACUCUACAACGUCAUCUUCCUCCUCGUCCGGUGGGAAGAGUCUGUACAAGACCGAGAUUUGCCGCUCCUGGGAAGAUUCAGGUAGCUGCCGCUACGGCUCCAAAUGUCAGUUUGCACAUGGAAAAGAAGAGCUACGUCCAACUCGAUUCCCUGCCAAGAACAAAUCUGAGGCACAGAUGUACAAGUCAAGCAGUGGCACUGGAUCGGGCACGUACGGGGCAAAGAGUCGCUAUGUUCAUCCAGUCGUGGCAGCGGCAGGAACUGUAGCAGCAGCGGCAGGAACAAUGCCAACCCGAACACGCUCGCCCGCCAAAGCUGAAACAGCCUCACCCCGCAAACCUGAAGACAAGAAAAAGAAGCCCAAAACCACCAUCACCAGGAACAACUGGUCUCCCCAAGAUGAUGGCAUUGAGACUGUAUUGCCUCAUUCUUCAUCUAAAAAGCCUCCAUCAAGGACAGAUGUUGAUACCCAUAUUGAUUCUAUUCUCUAUGGUCCUACUCCAAGAAAGAGACUGGCAGUGUUUGCCGACAUUCGCUCGGAGCGGUGAUCUCAUUUUGCUCAGGAGAAACCUGCAUUCUGCAGCAAAAGGUACAUAAUACACAAUAAGCAGUACAUCCUGCAAUGGCAGUAACUGGGAUUAGAUAUUCAUAAUCGUCCUUGUAGAGUGCGUAUGACAGUUUCGAUAGUACUUCCUUACUAACAAUUACAGCAUAUACAUACAGAUUGACUUGAGUAGAAUACUCAUAAAUGCAGUUUGUCCCUCAAAUUUUCUGUGCU